AUGAGGUCUUUCUCAAAAGUCUCUAUCGAAGCCGCCAGCGAACCUUCCGAAGCCGUAAGUAACCAUCAUUGCGGCAAAACAGGCACAUCAAAAAAGACCAGGACGAAGUUCGAAAACGGGGAGAAGCCUAAGAAGCAGCGACCGAGCAAGGCCAAGGCGAAGAAAGAGAAAGUCAGCUUUCAAAGUCAGGUGGCUAUCGACACUGACGAAAACAAAACCCUCGCGCGUCCAGCGACUCUACUGACUGAAGGGUCAAUGUCCGCAAAAAAUGAUGAGCAGGCAAAUACUACCGACGUCUCACGGCCAAAAAAUAAGAAGCAUUCGAAAACGAAAAAGGCGAGACAAGGAAAAGAGCUGUUGCCCUUCUCGAAAAACUUUUCAACUCCUGAUCGCGCUGAUUACGAAGAAGCCUCAGGCCAUACCUUUUUUCCUGAAACCGUCUGUACACCUGAACCAGCAGCACCGGCGGUUGAAUCGUUAUUCGUCAGCCACCAGCACCCUUACAACACCUCCGUCGAAGAAGCAUUUUCGGUAAACGGACUUUUCCCGUUGCAGUUAUGGCAAACGCAGGUGUCGAAGAAGAAAGCGGGGCCGGUUCUGAGCGUCGUCGUCCGGGUAUGCAACAAGUCCAAUUUCACCAUAAAGCACAUAGAGAUGAACAUUCUCGACUCACCGUAUCUGAAGCUAGAAUCUUUUACCUCGUCCUCCAGCGACGACAAAUGUGAAGCGUUGCGGCCUUUCGAUCUGGAGCCGGACGCGUCCGUUGAAAAGGAGGUGUUAUUUAGCGUCAAUGACGUGGUCGCUUCGCAAAGGCUGAGGUGUACUGCCGCGUACCUUUACACGGUAAGUAAACUGGAUUGAAC